AUACAGAGGAAUCGAAAACGAAACUUACAGCAUACAAGUAUCUAUCUACCUAUGUAUGUCAGUAACCAAACAUUGAAACUUAUGACAAUUCUCUCCUGCGAACCAAUCAAUUGAACAGAAGAGAAGAAAUAAUGGCCGAGACGAUAACUUUUAGUGGCUGGGAGGCUAUGGAGGAUCGAUCUCUCUCUGCGAACGAUGAGCCAAAAUCGGGAGGUACCUACACGAUGUUCCAUGGUACACACCUGUCCCACGCAAAGACAAUAAUAAGCAAUGGCUUUCAACAAUCCAAGGAUGGUUUGCUGGGUGCUGGUGUAUAUGUCAGCCGGAAUAAAGACAAGGCUAAAUGUUACCCCCUUAAAGAAGACGUAAAGAAUAAAGUUGUCUUCAAGUUGAAGGUUGAUGUGGGAAAGGUAAAAAAGAUUGACAGUGACAAUCACCCGAUGCAGAAGUCUUGGCACCAAAAUGGGUAUGAUUGCGCGUGGGUGCCCCCACAUUCCAAUAUUAGUUCCAUCAAGUCUGGCCGCGAAGAGGACUGUGUUUGGGACCCCAAAAGGAUCACCAUUGUUGACGUGGCUUGCUGUGUUGAUGACAAUACACGCAGAGAGCUCCGUAAAUUAGUACAGAGUCGCAGCAGUGGCCAGCAUGAUGUAUGCAGACAGUGCCAUCAAGCCAUACCGGAUGGCCAGAGGAAACACGACAUCGAGCGCUGUUGGGUCUGCGGGAAAAAAGUUUGCCCCUUUCAAAGCAAACAUGUGUGCAAACCAUAGCACACGUUGGAGUCAUUCUAGGUGCAAGAGAUACCGCAUACGAUCAAGAUAUGGGACUCUGGGGAUGCUGUAUUUUUAAAUCACCUGUUCAUCUGUCAUUUAUCUGUGCAAUGUAACCACUAGGCCUACAUCAUUUGUAUCUGCCUUUUUGUUGUUGUUUUGUAAUUACUUAAUAAUGCCACAUCAAUUACAUGUAAUAAAGCAACCUAUAUUAAGAGUCUAGUAGACUGAUUAUGUACUUUCCACCUAAUUUUAUUUGCACUCUGUAAUGACCUAGCUAAAAUCAUAUUUUGUAUUUUAGGUAGUACGCCUGUUAUUUUUUGGAUUAAGUCAAAACUCAGCAAAACUGGUUUACCCUACAGGAGAGGGCAACAGGCUAAGAAAAUGUUGUGCACUAUGUCGGACUCAGGGCCAUUCCAAGGUAUUCUGGGGGCCCUAGGCAAAGAGGCAAUUGUCAGGCAAUUGUCAUUGUCAGGGCUCCCCCUUUCAGGUGGGGGCCCUUGGCAAUUGCCUUGCUUGCCUGGUUGUGACAGGCCUGGUCAGACUGAAGAAGAAGCCAGCACUGUAGUCUAUGGCAAGAGCAGGUGGGAGUAGGGAUGUAGC